ACAAGGACGAAACUAGAAGUUGCGAAUAUUGAUAUUUCUACUCCACCCUUUUUCACCCCACAGAUAUAUAUCAACGGCUGCAAGCUUUCCUUUUUCCUUCUUUCUUCCUCACUUUCUCUCUCCUAGGGUUUCCUCAACCCAUAGCACACUCAAAACCCUCUAUUUCUCCCCCAAAUUUAAUUAAAAAUUAUUUGGGAGGUUUUCGGAUCCGAUAAUCCGGGCUUAAAUUAGGGUUUCGUAAAUUGAAUUGAUGGGGACAGAGAGAAAGAGGAAGGUUAGCUUGUUCGACGUUGUUGACGACAACUCCAUUAACAAGCUUCCCAAAUCUAACGGUGCUGCUGCUCCGAUGAUGAUGAACAAUGGAAUCGCUAAUCUUUCGAUUAAUCGAUGGAAUGGAAGGCCCUAUUCUCAGCGGUUUUUCGAUAUUCUGGAGAAGCGUAAAUCUCUUCCUGUUUGGCAGCAGAAAGAGGAGUUUUUGAAGGUUCUUCAUACUAAUCAGACCAUUGUUUUAGUCGGUGAAACUGGUAGUGGUAAAACUACCCAGAUUCCGCAAUUUGUUUUGGAGGCUGUGGAAUUAGAGUCUUCUGAUAAACGAAAAAAGAUGAUGGUUGGUUGUACUCAGCCACGUAGGGUGGCAGCAAUGUCAGUCUCACGUAGAGUUGCAGAGGAAAUGGAUGUGACUUUGGGAGAAGAAGUUGGUUACAGCAUUCGUUUUGAAGACUGUAGUAAUUCAAGAACGGUUUUGAAGUAUCUGACAGAUGGUAUGUUGUUGAGAGAAGCAAUGACAGAUCCUCUUUUGGAGAGGUAUAAAGUUAUAAUUCUUGAUGAAGCUCAUGAAAGGACAUUGGCAACAGAUGUGCUAUUUGGGCUUUUGAAGGAAGUGUUACGAAACAGACCAGACUUAAAGUUAGUUGUUAUGAGUGCUACUCUUGAGGCUGAGAAAUUUCAGGAUUAUUUUAAUGGUGCUCCUCUUAUGAAAGUUCCUGGAAGGCUGCAUCCUGUGGAAAUUUUUUACACCCAGGAUCCUGAAAGAGACUACCUUGAGGCUGCUAUUCGAACCGUUGUACAAAUACACAUGUGUGAACCUCCUGGUGAUAUACUUGUUUUCCUCACUGGAGAGGAGGAGAUUGAGGAUGCUUGUCGUAAAAUUAAUAAAGAAGUGGGAAAUUUAGGUGACCAAGUUGGACCUGUGAAAGUUGUUCCAUUGUAUUCUACUCUUCCUCCUGCUAUGCAGCAGAAGAUAUUUGAAACUGCUCCUCCUCCAACAAAAGAGGGAGGUCCUCCUGGGAGGAAAAUUGUGGUGUCUACUAACAUUGCUGAAACAUCUUUGACCAUUGAUGGUAUAGUAUUUGUGAUUGAUCCUGGAUUUGCUAAACAGAAAGUCUAUAAUCCCCGAGUUCGUGUUGAAUCACUAUUGGUUUCUCCUAUAUCGAAGGCAAGUGCACACCAGAGGGCUGGUCGUGCUGGAAGAACACAACCUGGUAAAUGCUUUAGGCUAUACACAGAAAAAAGUUUCCAUAAUGAUCUCCAGCCGCAGACUUAUCCAGAAAUUCUGCGGUCAAAUCUCGCGAAUACUGUACUUACUCUGAAGAAGCUUGGUAUUGAUGAUUUGGUACAUUUUGACUUUAUGGACCCCCCAGCUCCAGAGACUCUGAUGCGAGCUUUAGAGGUGUUGAAUUAUCUUGGUGCAUUGGAUGAUGAAGGUAAUUUGACUAGGCUUGGAGAGAUUAUGAGUGAAUUUCCUUUGGAUCCCCAAAUGGGAAAGAUGCUUGUCGUGAGUCCUGAGUUCAACUGUUCAAAUGAAAUCCUUUCAAUAUCAGCAAUGCUUUCAGUUCCCAAUUGCUUUGUGAGGCCUAGGGAGGCCCAGAAAGCUGCAGAUGAAGCAAAAGCUAGGUUUGGACACAUUGAUGGAGAUCACCUUACGCUGUUGAACGUCUAUCAUGCCUACAAGCAGAAUCAAGAAGACCCAAACUGGUGUUACGAGAAUUUUAUCAACCAGAGGACAUUAAAGGCUGCAGAUAAUGUGAGACAGCAACUUGUGCGCAUUAUGGCAAGGUUCAACCUGAAGUUAUGCAGUACCGAUUUCAACAGCAGGGAUUACUAUGUCAACAUACGGAAGGCAAUGCUGUCAGGAUAUUUCAUGCAAGUGGCUCAUCUGGAAAAAACAGGACACUAUCUGACAGUGAAAGAUAACCAAGUGGUUCACUUGCAUCCUUCAAAUUGCUUGGAUCAUAAACCAGAGUGGGUUAUAUACAAUGAAUACGUGUUGACCAGCCGGAAUUUCAUUCGUACUGUCACUGAUGUCCGUGGAGAAUGGCUUGUUGAUAUUGCACCACACUACUAUGACCUUGAAAACUUCCCCAAUUGUGAAGCAAAGCGGGUUCUGGAGAAGCUUUACAAGAAGCGUGAGAGGGAUGGGGAAGAGAGCAAGAACAGGAGGUAGGAGAUAUAUUAUUCAGAAUAUUCACCUCAUAGUUCUUCCUGUACUUCUGGGACAUGGAGAGCUUUGGAAAUGCACCUUGUUGAGGAGUUUUUGUUCUUGCUAUUUCAUCAUUUCAAGGUGGGAUUCGUGACGCUCCCAAAGGCUGCAGUCAUGUCCUGUUCUGAUUAAUUUUAGAAUUCUAGUGGUUGGCCUUUUGUAAUGGAAGUUGCUUUUACUUGGAGUGUAACUUAGUUAUAAUUACAAUGUCGUGCAAAUUGUUACCUUCUGUCUUUUAUUUAUUUAAAUAAUACCAUCUUAGUUUAUAAAAUUGUUUGGAAUAGUAUUUUCUUGCUUGA